AUGAGACAUGGCCUAGCACCCGUGCGACGAGUUGCUGCAUUAUUCUUGAGACCAAGCCGUGCCACGUACAUUCCGUCGCUUGACGCACGGGCAAAAUUUCCAAGAAGUAUGAAUGAAGCACAACAAGGACUGUACGUUCAGGCUGGAAGUUCCUGGCAGGCACCAGGAACAGCAGCGUUUGACUUUCGAAGCGAUGUGGUGACAAAACCAACGACCGCAAUGCUGGAGGCUAUUGCGAACGCUUCGCUUCUUGAUGAUGAUUUCAUGGAAGAUCCCACCACAAACGCUCUACAAGAUUUCAUGGCAAAGCUUAGCGGCCAAGAAGAAGGUUUGUUGGUCAUGUCUGGCACAAUGGGCAACCAGGUGGCACUCCGGACACAUCUUACGCAGCCUCCGUAUGGAAUCCUCUGUGACCACCGUGCGCACAUCAUCCACUACGAGGGCGGUGGUGUAACUACCUGGACUGGGGCGUAUCUAAAAGGUAUCAUACCAAGCAAUGGACACUAUCUCGUGCUUGAAGAUAUCCAACAGCAUGCCAUCCUAUCCGAUGAUUUUCACGGCUGUCCGACACGCGUGAUCAGCUUGGAGAAUACUUUGGACGGGACAAUUAUGCCGCUGAGCGAAGCACAAAGGAUCUGUGAAUGGGCGCGUAGCCAUGGCUUGAAGGUCCACCUCGAUGGUGCCAGACUGUGGAAUGCAACGGCCGCAGGAGCCGGAAGUAUCACGGAGUAUGCAGGGUUAUUUGAUAGCGUGAGCUUGUGUUUCUCCAAGGGCCUCGGAGCACCUAUUGGAAGCAUGUUGGUGGGCUCUAGCGAAUUCAUCAAGAAGGCGCGUUGGUUCCGGAAAUCCAUUGGCGGUGGAACCAGACAAGCCGGCAUUAUCGCCGCCGCCGCUCGGGUGGCGGUUGAAGACACGUUUGGGAAGGGCGCGCACGGCGAGGGGGGAAAACUCCAGAUAAGCCAUGAAAAUGCUAGGAGAAUUUCAGAGAUGUGGGUUAGCAAGGGCGGUAAGCUGGAGAAUGUCACGGAAACGAACAUGGUUUGGAUUAAUCUAGAUGCUGCGAAUGUUUCCAGCAGUCAGUGGGAAGAGCUUGGGCGCCAGGAAGGGCUGCGGCUGAUGGGAAACAGAUUGGUCGUCCAUUACCAAAUUGGAAACGAGGCGAUCGAGAGGCUGGAACGCGUGAUGGAGGCGGCGCUCAGCGGGCAGGCACCAACUCCCGGCAGCGAGGACAACGCCAAACGCUAUGGCCAGCGGUGA